UGCAGUAAUUUGAGCUCUCAGGGCCACCAUAGCUAUUACAUGAAGCAAUCAAAUGUCUAGUGAUGAUUAUGUGUAUUAUCUCUUCCCCAUUAGGCAGCCACAAUGCAAUAACCUACUGUCUGGAUAUGAAUGACCGAUCCCCUGUGGACCUCACCCAGCCAGACAUGCUUCAAAAGCUGGACAAAUACAUGAAGCCUCUUAUUCGCCCCUUUGUGUACAAGUGGGCGAUAACCCAGGAGUACACUAUAAAGCAACAGCUGGACUGUGGGGUCAGAUACUGUGACUUGAGAAUUGCACACAGGCCCAAUGACAGCUCCACUGAUUUGUACUUCUACCACGGUGUUUACACCACGCUCACUGUGGAGACUGUUCUAAUGGAGAUACGAGAGUGGCUGGAUGCUCAUCCCAAAGAGGUGGUCAUCCUCUCCUUCAGCCACUUCCUCGGCCUGAGCCAGGAGCUCCACACGCUGCUGCUCACCACCAUACGCAACAUAUUCACCUCCAAACUCUGUCCCAAAACGGAGGUGUUAACUCUUCGAAACCUGUGGGCUUUAGGCUACCAAGUGAUGGUGUCCUAUGAACACAAUAUCGCCAGCUGCCACAGCGACCUGUGGCCACAUAUUCCUUACUGGUGGGCCAAUAAAUGCAAAGCUGAGGCUCUUAUCGAAGACUUUGAACACCGGAAACAACAUGGCAGACCAGGAGGUUUUUUUGUCACAGGAAUGAAUCUGACCGAGGACCUGAAAUACAUCUGCACACACCCGACAGAGUCCCUGAAGGACUUGGUGAUGUCCACGUAUCCGACACUGCUCAGCUGGGUUAAGGAGCAGACUCCCGGCUCCAAAGUCGGCUCUUUCAACAUCAUUGCUGGGGACUUUAUUGCAGAGAGCCAGUUUGUUCUGACUGUCGUUACACUGAAUGAGAAACUACUGAAAUGGCCCUCAUGACUUCUCACCAAUUUGAGUUAUUCUACAAAAAAAA